AUGGAGCAAAUCGUUAUCACCCAUGCUCAGCGCACUCCUCAUGUCUUGGCCGUUGAGGAUGGCGCCCAACGCCUGACAUAUGCCGAUCUUGUUCGUGAGGCACAUUGUCUGGCGAACAGUGUUCGUGGCAGUGAAGACAUUUCUUUCGGAGAACCAUUUGGUAUUCUCUUGGGCAUAGGCGUGAAGCAAGUUAUCGCCCAAGUUGGAAUACGCUUGCUUGGCGGAACUUGCGUCCCCAUCGAGCUGUCGGCAUCAAUUACGCCACAGCGCAUGAUUGAAAUGCUAAACCGCGCUAAUGUGAAGCGUGUUGUUGUCGAUGCCGAAGCGAGUCCAAACGAAAUUUUUUCGGCGCUCAAGCUGUCAGGAUUGAGGCUCUUCUCUUUAGCCUUGGGAAGUGGCAAGGAUCCUCAUGUUGACUUGUCUCUGGAAGAUCUGAAAAGGCAAGAGUUUCCGGACCGCAGCCAUAUUCUCUUCACGUCCGGCUCAACUGGUAAUCCGAAGCCAGUUCAGAUCCGAGCAUCGGGCAUCUUACAUUUGGCUCGUCAAACACCAAUCACCCCUUUGAUGAGGGAGGAUCGGGUUGCAAAAUUCAACAACCCUGGGUUCGAUCUGAGCUUAUUUGAAAUAUGGGUAACCCUGGUUGCAGGUGCGACAAUUGUCACCAUCCCACGGCAGACAGCUACGGAUCCACAUGCCUUCCCAUCCUUCUUGGAGGAUCGAGGGGUUACCAUCAUUAUCACCACGGCUGCCCUGUUUGAGAUCAUAGUCUUUGCAUGUCCGACAGCUUUUCAUAAUGUUCGCCACGUUCUGACCGCCGGCGAUGUCGCAAACGUUGGUGCGAUGCGUGCCGUCCUGAUGUGCGACAACCCACCGCAACAUCUGUGGAACACGUACGGGCCAACUGAGUGCGUGACAUUGACGACCAUGCAUGAGGUUACCGGGAAAGAGGCACAGAGAGAUUGCAUCGGUAUCGGCCGACCUGUUGGUGAUAUGAAAAUUUUUCUAUUCGAUGGGAAUUCUCGGAUAUUUGAAGCUGGUAGACCUGGAGAGGUCUGCAUCUCUGGUCCACAGCAAUGUAUUGGUUAUUUAGGCUUGGAACAAGAGAACAGAUCACGCUUCUUCACCAUCGGACGGGCCGGCUUGUGCGACAACAGCUCUGCCUCAAACGAGCCAGACGGCAAAGACAUAGAGUCUCUACGCCUUUACCGGACCGGGGAUCUCGCAAGAUGGCGUCCAGGAUCAGAUAUUCUUGAAUUCGUUGGACGCAAAGAUAACCAAGUGAAGCACAAAGGGUUUCGUGUUGAACUUGGUGAGAUUGAAUCCACUAUUCAAACACUGGAAUGGGUUCGCCGCGCAAUUGUCGUGCAGCGACCAGCUGUUGUGCGUGACGGCCAAAAAGCUCUUAUUGCGUUUGCUGUCGUCGAUUUGGGCAAAGGUUUCUCCAAGAAAGAAAUUAUCAAUUUAACCAAAUCUCGACUUCCAGACUAUAUGGUCCCUGAUUCUGUGGAGUUCGUCUCAAAGCUCCCUCUCACAAAUACUGGCAAAGUCGACAGGCGGCAAUUGGUCGAGGAGUCUCUUGAAAUGUCAAAGCGCAAUAUACCGAAGCCUUCCAGGAAGAGUCAGAAUUCUGCUCAGAAUGGAAAAGAUUUAAAAUCUCAAGACACCUGGACGACAAUUAUGAACCUGUGGAAGGAUACAUUGAACAUCACAGACAUAAACGAUGAAGAUGACUUUUUCCUACUAGGGGGCACAUCCCUCCUAGCUGCAUCACUGAUAGCCAACAUUCGUCGCAAGCUAGGUCACAUUCUUACAAUGGAAGACCUGACUGGAAACUCUUGUUUGGGAGACCUUGUGCACAUAAUUCAGGGAAGCCAGCAGAGAGCUGACGGCUGGAGCUUCCAAAAUGCUCCUGAUCAUAGCAAACUUUGGCUGGGGGACAUCGAUUUGGUGAAUGAUAUUGAGCUUGUACCGUCAUGGAAUGCUCCUGACGAAGGAAGAGUGUUUUUCACUGGAGCUACUGGAUUUGUUGGAGCGCAUCUACUACGGGAGCUGAUGCUUUCACCGACGGUAAAGCAAAUCGCAUGCCUUGUCCGAGCUCAGCCAGACAUAACUGCGCCGCAACGUGUGCAACGCACCCUCGAGAAGUACGACUUGUGGCCUGAUUCAUCUGAGUACACCGAGAAACUCUUGCUUCUUGAAGGAAACCUUCCAGAUCAGUUUCUGGGCCUGGGAAAAGAGAAGUUCAACUGGCUCUCAAAUUGGACUUCUGUCAUCUUUCACCUUGGGGCGAAGGUCAACUUCUGCGAAUCAUACCGUGAUCACCGUGAGUCGAACGUUGUGGGAACUGCUAGAAUUCUAGAGCUAGCAGCUGCUGGUCGGCGAAAAUCCCUCCACUACGUGUCGACAAUCGAUGUUUGGGGGUCUACCGGAUAUACUCUUGGGACAGAGGCUGUCUUUGAGGACGAGCCCUUGUUACCACAUAUACAGGGCGUUCGGUUUGACCUCGGUUAUUCGCAAAGCCAGUGGGUAGCAGAGUCUAUGGUACGGCGUAUGCGAGACCGCGGGCUACCUGUGACUAUUUAUCGACCAGGUUUUGUGAUUGGAAAUCCGGAAACCGGGUGCAGUAACCCAGAUGAUUUCGUUUCACGGCUCAUAGCUGGUACUAUACAGAUGGGAAAAUGGCCCCAGUUGAUCCAAAGAUUGGAGUACGUGACGAUUGAUUAUGUGGUAAAGUCGAUCCUCCAUAUUUCUUCUAGUAACUCGAACCUCGGACGCUCUUACUGCCUCGUGGCUCCCAAUCAAGCGGACUCGGUCACUGUUGAAGAUACUUGUCGAGUACUCAACGACGCUGGGUACAACAUACGCCUUGUUGACUACGAUGAGUGGGUUGAUCAAGUCGACCAACGGCCAGAUGGCUCUUUGGCCCCUUUGCUUCCUAAUUUUAAGGAGACUAUACGCGGACCACUGACUCGCUGGACGGGAAGUCAGUAUUCUCCCUGGUACCGCGCAGAUAACGCUAAAGAGGCACUGCGAGAUCGGCCGGAUAUUGUGUACCGUUCACUGGAUGGCGAGAUGGUGCAACGCUCUGUCAAAUUCUGGAACCGGAAAGGAUUUUAUGAUCUACCAGUCAAUGCUUGA